UCUUUUUUUUUUUUUUCAAAAUCGAACUUUCGAGUUCCUCAGCGCAGUUGGAAAAUGUUUAAGAAAAGGCCGUUGGGAUACUUGUUGAUUUUGUCAUUUGUCAUUGGUCAUCAGUUAUGGAAUUCGUUGAAGCUCGCAUAACCAUCCUAAAGUUGAAGGCCAGCAACGGCGCGACUCGAAAAGUCACUAAAAUUGCGUAAAACUGAUAAGAGAGCCAUCUCGCGGUCGUUGCUGGAACAACCAAGUCCGGUUCACACAUGUCCGGCGGCGCUUAGCGGGAAAUUGAAAUGCUCUCAGUCUAUCGAGAGCAGCUGAGAUUAAAAUUCAAUAUACUUAUGCAGUAUAAAGAAGAUAAAGUGCCGAAAGAUGGACAAAAACGACGAUAAAUCUGAAAACGUUUGCAUCAAUUUGGAUUUCUCGACAUCUCCAAGUCCGAGCAAGCAGGAAAAGAUAAAAGAGUUUUGGAAAUUUUUGGACAGCCAAGAUGUGCUGAAAGCGUUUAAACAGCCAGCAGCCGCCGACGAGGAAAAGCCUCCCGAGUCGCGCAGCUCCCCUCCGCCUCCUGAAAAUAACGCAUCGAGCUCGAAAGCAAUAUCGACGAAACCUAAGGAAAACUUGGAAAGGAACAAAGUGCAGAGGAAGAAGCGCUACGACGAUCAGUGCAAGUUGGAAAAGUACUUCAGGGAAGACUUGAGAUACGCCGACACCUUAGAGCCCAGCUACGCCGAGCUCAACGCCGAGAUCGAGGAGUACCAGAGGCGACUGCUCCAAUGCGGCUGCAAAACCAAAAACUGCGACUGUAAGAAGAAAUGAAUCCACGACAAUAAAACGCGCAUCUGCAUUACGGCAGCUCGCGGAAAUAUAAAAGAGA